AUGGAGACGACCAUAAAUGAUAUCGAUGUGGAAGAUGUGGAGACGAUCAACGAUAAAACCCCUCACAAGUUUUCGUCCCCUUGGCACUUUAGUGAUGUGGUACUGGUUGUGGAAGGCACCAAAUUCCACGUACACAAAUGCAUCCUAUCAAUGUGGUCCCCAGUCUUCGAAAAGAUGUUCACUUCUGAAUUUUCGGAAAGAAAUGCAGAGGAGAUCCCGUUACCAGGGAAACUUGCUGGAAGUGGAACAAUUAUUCAAAAAACGAACCAUGAGUUUCUGUUAGAACUUGCCAGAGAAUACCAAAUGGACAAAGUCCAGGAAUAUUGUGGCCAGUAUAUGAAGCAGUGCAUCAAUAACAGAAAUUGUCUUCAUCGCUACAACAUUGCUGAACGUUUUGGACUUGAAGAUGUCAUGGAAAAAUGUAAUGAAGAAGCUCGAUUUAAAUCCUCAACUGAUCUGGAGAAGAGUGCCGACUUUCUUGGACUGGGGUUUAAAUCCAAGUUCAAACUCUGCAUGGCAAGAAUGAAAGAACUUGAGAAAGUGUUAUGGAACUAUGUCGAAAUCUGUUCCAAGUUGGUCAGUGGUUAUUAUGAGAAAAUUGAUAGCUACGGCGAAGUACCAAAUGGUGUCCAGUGUAUUAAUAAAGUAGCACAUGAAUAUGGCUAUAAAGAAAGGGUUCAGAAAGAUUUUGAUUCAUCUUGCAUGUUUUGCAGAAACAGAAUCGGUUCCACACCAAAUAAAAGCAAAUUUGGUUCAGUAUAUGUGAAUGCAGUAGGAUUCAAUGUUCUCUUCAUGCAAUUGUAUAACUUAGAACAUGAUCAGAAGGUAGCAAAAUUAAUAAGAAAAAACAUGAAUUCACGCUUCUGA